AUGAGGGCGCUAGUCGCUGUCGGGGCUUGCUACCUCGAUACGAUUUUGACAGUCGACCACUAUCCCCAAGAAGAUGAAAAGCUACGUGCAUCCCACGUCUCGCGACGCCGUGGUGGAAACUGUCCGAACUCGCUUGAGGUGCUCCAGCAGCUAUUUGAAAACGGGCCGGAUGCUGCGGUGUCUGUACCACUGUAUGCAGUACUCGUACUGCCUGCGAAGUCAUCGCCGGCUGUAAGGGAAGUCCAGACGUCGCUGGGUUCGAAAGUCGACCUUCGGCAUUGUAUCUAUCGGGAGGAGUGGCGCGACGCUGCGUCGAGCUACAUCAUCCGCAGUCAAUCCGCGGGCACGCGCACGAUUGUGAACUAUAACCCGCUACCGGAGAUGACGGCUGAUGAGUUUGUGCAAGUAGCAGACGACUUGCCAGCUGACCCUACGUGGUUUCACUUUGAAGGCCGUAUCCCAGAGGUCACCCUAGCGUGCAUGCAAUAUGUUCGCCGGAAGAAUCCAGGCAAUCGGGUCAGUGUGGAAAUCGAGAAGCCUGACCGAGCGGGCUUGCGAGAGCUAGCGGCCGAAGCAGACGUAGUCUUUUAUUCCAAAAACUGGGCUCAAUGGAACGGAUACCAGUCGCCGCGGGAGCUUUUGGAAGCCGAGUUACUGCUAACCCCCAAAGCGGCGAUCUUGUGCUGUACUUGGGGCGAAGGAGGCGCCGUUGGCCUCGAUGUGGAUCGCAUGGCGUAUAUUGACACGCCCGCGUUCCGGGACAGCCAGCGACCUGUGGUUGACACGACGGGCGCAGGCGACACCUUCAUCGCGGGCAUGCUGCACGGGUUGCUCGUCCACGAGGACCAAUUCGAGCUGGCAAAAGAAAUGCGAUUUGCAAGCCGGCUGGCGGGCCACAAAGUUACACGCGAAGGGUUCGACGGGCUUGGGACGGCGGCGGUGGAGCAGCUGUAA